GGGUGCAGCAAAGGGUGGCUCGGCCAGCCAGACUUGGUAAAUUGCUAUUUACAGUUUCUGAGCUUUUAAAAGAAGAGCUUCCCCAAUCGGUCCUGAUUCCAGACCUGCAGCAUGAUGACGGCUCUGGUGACACUGCUCUCUCUGCUCCUCCCGGGAGCCCUGGCCCAGCACGGGUCCGACUGGACAUACUCAGAGGGGGCACUGGACCAAGCACACUGGCCCACGGAGUACCCCACCUGUGGGGGGCAGAGGCAGUCGCCCAUCAACCUGCAGAGGAAGAAGGUGCGCUACAACCCCUCGCUGACGGCUCUGAACCUGACCGGCUACGAGGCGCAGGGGGGUGAGUUCCCCAUGAUCAACAACGGCCACACAGUGCAGAUCAGCUUGCCCCCAACCAUGCGCAUGACGGCCCCUGAUGGCACCGAGUACACAGCCCUGCAGAUGCACUUCCACUGGGGUGGCGCGUCCUCUGAGAUCAGUGGCUCUGAGCACACCAUCGAUGGGAUCAGAUAUGUGACGGAGAUCCACGUCGUGCACUACAAUUCUAAAUACAGUAGCUACGAUAUAGCCAGGAGCGCACCGGAUGGUUUGGCUGUGCUGGCAGCCCUCAUUGAGGUCAAAGAUCACACUGAAAACACUUAUUACAGUGACUUCAUUUCUCACUUGAAAAACGUCAAGUAUGCAGGACAAAGCACAGUUCUGAGCGGCCUCGACAUUCAGGACAUGCUGCCUGCAAACCUCCGCCACUACUACAGCUACCACGGGUCACUCACUACUCCUCCCUGUACCGAGAACGUCCACUGGUUUGUGCUGGCAGAUUCCGUGAAGCUCUCCAGGGCACAGAUUUGGAAGCUAGAGAAUUCUUUAUUGGAUAAGCAAAACAAGGUUCUCCGCAACGAUUACCGCAGGACCCAGCCUCUGAACAACAGAGUGGUGGAAGCCAACUUCAUGUAUCACCCUGACCAUCAAUAUCAUCUAGGCGCUGAACUCCAGUUUUACCUACGCAAGAUCGACAGGGAUGUGGAGUACGUGAGAAAAUAUAUUGAACAGAAAAAAGCAAAGAGAAAAAGCGAGUGGUGAUGAGCUUAUAGUGUGAGCUAGCCCAGGAAGAGGAGACCUUCCCCUGAGCCCACGCCCUGCCCUGAAUCUGAAAAAUCCUGUGUGUCCAGAUCACAUCGGUCCCCGAGGCACCUGUUGAAUUUCUGAUUAAAACAAGGGGUAACCAUCAUCCACAAAAGGAAAUGAGAUGGUUUAAAUGUAUGAGAAGGGAUUCAAGUUGGAUACCACUAAUGGAAAUUGAUUGUAAUAGGAAUUUAACUAUCCUCCUGUGAAAUCAUGCCUGUUGAUCUUUCUAAAUUAUAAACCAGUCUGAACUUCCCUGUAGCAGUUAAGUGUAAUAAAUAACUUGGGAAAUUUA